AUGUGCUGAAGUCUAAAACAGAAGAGGAAGUCAAAGCUGGGGAGGACAUGUCUGAGCUUAGAUUUAAGUAUUUCUUUUUCUUUGUUUUUUUUCUUUUCAAAAAAGAUGUCUACAGGAUGUUUUACAGGAUUUUCAUGUGACCCGAGGAGGCUGUUGCCUUUACGAACUGACUAGAGUGACAUCAAGCUGCCAUGGGCCUGAUUUCAACAUUAGGAAGUCUUCUGAUUUUCAUCGGGUUAUACGGGAUCUGUACAGGAUUUGAACAAGAUACCUGCAACAACUACAAGACCCAGUUUGAGAGGGUUUUCUCUGUUCCUGGGGACAUGGCUAUGCUGAAUAGCACCUUAGUAUCUCCAGACGUCUUUAACAUCACAACUGUCCCAUACAACAUCACCUGGUAUGACUCAAGGACAGGUCAAAAAAUGAGCAACCAGACCGGUCGAACCCUUGUGCAUGGAGAGACUCUGUGGUUUCUUAAUGCAACACCAGAAGACAGUGGGGAAUAUGUGACCAUACUGAGAACUCCUUUUCACUGCUACAUGCAGGCCACCAGUCUUGUAGUGGAACCACCAAUUGCUGGAGAGUGUGGAAGGCCAAGGAAAGUUGAUCAAUCACUUACACUUGGAGUCGCUGACACCCUGUCCUGCCCUCUGAAGGACUAUAUCAAUAAACUGGACAGCUACAACAUCAGUUCCUCCCUCACGUGGUACAGAGGUUGUGAGCCCAUAGUGGAGGGGAAAGAUGGGUAUAGCUACAGGGAUAGGACCAAAAUUUCAAUUAAAAAGGUGGAAGAGCAACACAACAGCACCCACACCUGUACUCUGACCUUCACCCUCGGUGGCAUCACGGGAUCCGUGUCAGAGACAAUUAAAGCAGAGGUCACAGCUGUGUACUCUAUGGUUCCACAAGUGCAUGAACCAGCCAAUGAAAUAAUCAAGGCACAGAUGGGGUCCAAUUUCACCAAACGGUGCCGUGUGUUUGUGCCGGGUAUCGGGACGCACUUUAUUGAUGUCAUUUGGUCAGGCAGAGAUUACAUUUUCAAUGCCGACCCCUCUGACCGAGUCUACACAUCAGAACAACGUUUGUCGAUACAGCAUAGUCCUAAACCAGGUUUCUGGUUGGAGCGCCUGUUGACGGUUUCUGAGCUGAAGGAGGAGGAUUUUCACAUCAACUACACUUGUAUAGUGUUCAGUUCCCGCGGCAUGCCUAAGGGGUAUUUUACUCUGCUACCAGCAGAUCCAAACAUCAUAGUUCCCAUUGGAUCCAUGUUCGGUGGUGUGACCGUUCUCUUUAUCAUCUGUGUCGUCAUCUACUACCUUUUCAAGGUUGACAUUGUGCUGUGGUUCAGGAGAGUAUUUCCAGUCCUCUAUACAAAUACAGAUUUGGAUGGGAAGCUCUAUGAUGCCUACGUGGCAUACCCACCGCCCGGUGCCAUCGGAUUCACAGAGAAAGUGGAGACGUUUGCACUUCACACUCUGCCUCAAGUGUUGGAAAAGGCCUGUGACUACAAACUUUUCAUAGCAGGCCGUGACUGCCAGCCAGGACAAGCCAUAGUGGACUCAGUGGAAGAGAACAUACAAGCCAGUCGCCGCCUCCUUCUGCUCUACACCGCCUCAACUUUCACCAGCAAAAGACACACAAGCAGCACUAGUAGCAAUAAUAACAACAACUUCUCCAAGAACAUUAAUAGCAAGGAUAACAGCGAAAGCAAGACUGGUGACAGCAGUAGCAGCACAAGUCUUGAUGGUAGCGAUGAAGUCUAUCCAGACACAAGGCAGCAGUUGGAGUGUGUGGCAGCAAUGCACAGGGUGCUGCUGGAGGGAUCGCUCAAAGUGGUGCUGGUCGAGUUGGAAGAGAUUACCCCGGCUCAGCUGGCUCUCUUCCCAGAGUCAGUGCGUCACCUGAGGAAGAAGCAGGGAGCCGUGUGUUGGUGGAAGAACCUGAGGACGAGGCAAAGGCGGAGGACAUGUAUGAGGAGGAGAGAGGACGAGGAGACAGGAGAACAGGACACACAGUUUUCACCAUCCCUCUCUCCUUCUUCAAAGUUUUGGAAGGAGAUGAGGUAUUAUAUGCCGGUGAGGGGCAAGAGGGCGGUCUACCCCGAGAAAACUGCCCUGUUGAACAUGAAGGGGUUAUGAUGUGUCAACUGUUGAACCAGAGAGUAGCUGGGUUCCAAUGCACGUGUAUAGCAGUGAAUACCCCUCACACACAGAUAAUUCAGAAAUACUGUGUUGUAACCAGAAGCUGUGAGGUCCACGGUCUGAGUCAAAGUCCAUAAUUGCACCAUGUAAGGCAUGUGCUGAAGGCAGAGUGACUGAUCAAGAAAAGGUGGAAGAUGUUCUGCUCAAAAACUCAAAGACAGCAGCUCACAGCUGUGUGCUGAUAAUCACAGUGUCUGGGCUGUCUUCAGUUUGCCUGCACCACUAUGUGAACUGUUGACUUUCCCUGGCAGAUGGAGACUGAAGAAGAAAGUGUAAAAUGUAAAUAUGUAAAAUUAAAAGUGUAAAUAUGGAAAAAUAAAUAAAGUUCCGUAUCAUAAUAAGUUAAGAAGCAAA